AUGGCACCUGUACUCUCUAAGCCGAUUUCCCCUCAUUCGAGUGGGUCUUCUUCUUCUUCCUUUCACCAUGAGGAAAUUCCCCCCUCCAACAAAGUGCGCCACCUUGAUCCAGUGCAUUACCAAGCUGAGCAGUCCUGGGUGAGAAGCCAGGUUCUGCGACUUAAGGAAGACGGCAUGGAUCUGGUUCAACAUGGCAACACCCGUCGCAAGAUCCUCAACUUGGUUCGAGUCCGGAACGAGUAUCCCGAGAUUCCCCCUCUGCAACUCGAAGACGUCUUGCGUAUCAACUUUGUCAAGUACUCCAAGGAUGGUCAUCGGCUCUUUCUGAAUCAGGAUCCCAACAUCUUUCCUGACAGCGGCGACUUGGAUGUGUUACACCUGAUUUUUUUGGUGAUGCCCAAUCCCAACAGGGAUGAUGCGUUGUUCAAGGCGGUGUGUGAUGCCUUUGACUACUGCGAAGACACUUAUCGCGAUGUCUACGACCGUCAUGUUUCUUGCAUUGAUCUGUCUGUGGAUAGCGAUGGCGAGGAUGAUUGCCAGGAUGGGGAUGAUGACUCUUCUUUGCAGAUUGAAUUUAAGCCCGAGUCUGACACGGAUGACGACGAUUGUGACGAUGAUUGUGAUGGCCUUGAUAACACCUCCGAAAUCACAGAUCCCCAUGAACAGAAUAGCCCUGGACAAAUGCUGACCCAGGCUACCACUGGUACCCCCUUCACUGACUCUUCUGGCGAUAUCACGGAUCCAGAGAUUGACUCGAAGGAAGGAUCCAACAAGAGAAAGCGUCAUUUCACUGACAUGCUCUCCCAGGUUGCUGCCAGUUUCCUUUGUGACUCUGAUUCGUCUGUUAAUUCUCAGGAAGCUGUACAAGAGUUGGUCGACGACACUCCUGAUGUUCCAGUUAAAAGGCCCAAGGAUGAUAGCAGUUGUCAGAAUCUGGUCUUGCAUCUUGCUCAAUCGUUCGAUUACAGUGAAUAA